CUCCUCCCCUCCUCUGGCUCCCUAUCACUGUCUAUUUUGGCAACACGGAUACGCAUGGAGCCUCCAUCACCUCCAGUCUCUUUUACGCACCGAGUCCGAUAAUGCGCGCAGGUAAAGGGACCCUAAUCGCUACAUUUCCAGCCGCUAUACUGAGCAAUUAAUCUCCUCUUAUGGACUAAUAUGAAAGAAGUGGAUGUAGAGGUCUGACACAGCCAAGAGAGGAGGCAUAUUUCUUGUGGAUCAUUUUUGUUUUCCAUAACCGAGCGUCAGCAUGGAUGUCUUGGCGAACCACAGUAUCUUUCAGGAACUUCAGCUCGUUCACGACACCGGCUACUUCUCUGCCAUGCCUUCGCUGGAGGAAAACUGGCAGCAGACUUGCCUAGAAUUGGAGCGUUAUCUGCAGACGGAGCCCAAGCGCUUGUCUGAACUCUUCGACCAAGACUUGGAUGGCCUAUUAACUCCGGCCUACCUGAAGGAGGACGGCGAGGAAGAGUUGUCGGACACCUUGCUCCCCAGCCUGCCCAGCCUCCCUGAGCCCCCAAGCCCACCUCCAGUGAUCCUCUGCCCAACACGUAAGAACUUCCCAUCAACCGGUGCAAUGAAAAGAGACGUCAAACCCAAGGGCCAGGGCCUGGAAACUGUAGAAGGGAUGGAAGGAGUUCACCAGGCCCAGCUGAGCGCCGUCACCUCCUUGACGCCCCCCUCAUCGCCAGAACUCGGCCGGCACCUCGUCAAACCCAACCAGACGCUGACGGCCUCGGCCGACGGGACGCUCACCCUGAAGCUGGUGGCCAGGAAGGUGGGGCUUAGCGCGGCCCGGCUGGUGGCGGCACAUGCGCUCCCCGUCCGGAUGAAGGACGAAGAGGAGGGGGCUGCGUGUGUGAUUGGGGUGGGGGAGCUACCGGAGAACAAGAAGAGGAUUCACCGUUGUCAGUUCAACGGCUGCAGGAAGGUGUACACCAAGAGCUCUCACUUAAAGGCUCAUCAGAGGACACACACAGGUGAGAAGCCGUACAAGUGCUCGUGGGAGGGCUGUGAGUGGCGAUUCGCCCGGAGCGACGAGCUGACGAGGCACUACCGUAAACACACCGGCGCCAAGCCUUUUAAGUGCAACCACUGUGACAGGUGUUUCUCACGGUCGGAUCACUUGGCGCUACACAUGAAGAGGCACAUCUGAGGAAUUCGAGAGAGGUCAGCGGGAGUGGAAGAGAGGGGAAGGGGAUGGAGGCGGAGUGGAAGAAAAGAGAGGACGUAUCAUCUGCAGAAAAAUAACACCAUGGAUGUCAGAGGGGGACAGUGGGAUGGACUCAAAAAAACACCAGAUUUGGCCAUUCUGGACUGGAAUGGAGGGAGAGGCACCACACAGGGACGCUGACUACAGACAGAAACACAGGCAGGCAGACAGACGGCUCAUAAGUGACUCUGUCAAUCUGUGCUCAAACAGUUGGUCCAUGAUUCCACAGUGACACGUCGUCACCUCGCAAAUGUCUCCCGGUGUUGUCGCGUGGACGAUACAGACGCUCCAUCCCACCCGUCGUAUGUGUCUCAGAGGGGAUGUCACACAAUGAAUGGUGGACCACGUGCCUGUAGUCUGCAGCUCUUUGUUUUAGUCGUCCUUUUGCAGCCUUUCCGAUCGCCCCUCGGUUAAAAAACGCUUCCAUAAUGUCAGCCCUGUUCAUGCAGCAGUGCUCCACGUGCCAGAGUACACUGACGCCAAACUGGACCAGUUGUAAAUUUAGCGCGCUGACAGCAGAGUUGCUGUUUGCACUGUACAUUCAAGUCUUCUCUGAGCUGACGAGCUCAUCUCCAAUGGUAGCCAAACAUUAUCUCUUAGGGUUUAGCAAGCAAAAAAAGCUGGCUUUCACUCCUUCAAACUUGCCACAGCCUUUACAAUUCAUCACAGGUUUUAUUAUCUAUAUAUAGGACAGAUAAUAAUUUGACAAUUUUUCAUCUGACCCUUCACAUCUGCUAACUGGAUCCAUUUAUAAAUCCUUCUGGUUCGAUGGCAUCGGAGCACUUGUUUGAACGGAGCGUUAGAUUGGAUUCCCCGAAGACUUGAGGAUGGGAGUGUGUUGCACUGAUGUGCUGUGAAGACUGAUUGAGGUCAUCCAGAGGGCUGGCUUGCUUUAUGAACAUCAUCUGUUGAGGGUUAACACUGGAUGAGGCUAACUAAUCUACUCUGGGAAAGACUGUUCAUCUCCUAGAAUGUCAGCUGAAACCGAGCCUCUCAAGAGACACGGCUCCUAAGAGUGUUUUUCCUCUCCAGGAUCUUGGCUCUCAUGAGUUGUUGUCAGAAACUGUUGCACAAUUGACUCUUUGCAAACUUUUUGUAAAAAAAAUGUCCCAAUGUCUUGGACUGGGAGACGAUUCGGGACUCACCAAACACUGGCUUUCACAUGCCGUCAGAGCGUGGACAGCCACAUGCACAAGACGAAGCAGCUAGCCGACUGCGAUAGCACACCAAGCUCAAACAAGAUCACUAUGUAUGUAAAGGCUAUAUUGUUUCUAAGAAAAGAUUCUCCUAUUUGUUAAAAAAAAAGACAAUUGAAAAGACCAUUGGAUGCAGCCAAAAAAAAGCAGAAGUGUCUACUGUAGAUGCCUGAAAUGAUCUCUUUGGCCUUUGAGAGUGAUUGGCACCUAACUAGCCACUGGGUCGAGGAGGGUUUUGUCCUGUUCACACCGCAAAUGCAGAACUCUUCCAAAUUAGCAGCUCUCAGACUUUAUUUCAGAAAGCAGCAUUCAACAGCUCUUCUAAUCAGGCCCUAUGCAUAUCCAAGAACAUUCCUGCUGACUUCCUCACCACGUACAUGUAUGUCUGAAUGCAUACUCGCUGGAUAACGGAAGGACUUGUAGGAAGACACACAAAUUCAAUCAAUUGGGUGGCUCUUCUCCGAGCAAAUCAAUGUGAAUGUAUCUGUUGUAAGUCUGUACAUUUUGCUGGGCCCAAGAAAACACUUGAACAGGGUUGUGAUCACAACUGGUAAAAUCAUACUGUACCAGACACCACGUGUUUAUAGUUUCUCUUUUUCACAUUAGAAAUGAACGGUUUGACUUAGCUAGACACAGCCGGUAGCUUUUUGACAAGUUACUACACAUUUUACUGGUCGUGCUGGACCAGCGGGAGGUCAUGAGUGCAGAUUUCCAGCAGGGUGGCUGAACGGAUCUGCUCGGUCAGCAAUGAUAACUGCCCCAUCAGCUCAUGAAACUGCAAUGAACUGAGACUCACACAGACACAUAGAUACACUCCUAGAAAACUGGAACAUUUGUCCUUGGUGAUCUGACUCUUGUCCGAUAGAACAAAGACACAUAAAUUCCACUUCUUUGCCACCUUACACUAUAAGUGACAUGUCUUUAAUCCAUUAAUAGGAAGGAAUUUUUGGGAGUUUAAUCCUUAAACAGAAAGCGCACAAAAAUCAAAAAGGCAGUUCGGACAAAAGUAGAUUGUCGGGGUUCUUGCAAACUCGAUUGGGAACUCUGUGAAAGUGUUUGUUCUUUAUUUUACAAGACUUUUAAUACUUUGAGGCAAAUGAGGCGCACAGCAGUCUGCUUUUUGGUAAGGGAGACAGAAAAUUGAUUUUGCUCUGUAAACCAGAGGCGCAUUUCAAUUUUGGGUAUGAAUGCAGCCCAGCUCAAUCAUAUCUAGACAUGAUCUGUCUGCAGCUCUGGAAGUAGAUACAUAGUCACCUCCUGCUUCGCGUUAAUAGUGAACACUCUCUUUCUUAAUGAGAAGAAACAAGCCACACUCCCUUUUAUACACAAUGUUGCAAAGAUACAAGUUUUAACUGCUGGUUUAUUUUCAAGGAGACCAAAAAUUUCUCAUGGGCCUUCUACUGUAGGUUACAGCUUACAAACUCUCAAUGCUCCCAGUCAUUCUUUAUGUUUGUUGGCAUUAAUAAAAGUCACAGAUUCUGACAAACAUUCGCUUUGUAGACGAUCUAAAAAAAAUAUCCAGUUGGAAUGGGAAUGUCGCAGCAGGCAUAGGCCAAAUCUCCACUUGGAAGAUAAAAAUGAAGAAUAGCGGUUUAACCUGCGGGUUAAAUUUGUAUCAUCAAUGGCAGCUCUAGGUACUCGUGUGUUUCAAUAUUUCAACAGGGCACAAAAACGCUCUCCCGUUGAACUGAAUGGUUGCGAAUGUGUGGGAAUGUGCAGCUCUGGAGUGUGUUAUUCUAUUUGUUUUGUUCAUGAUCUGUACCAAUCAUAGACAGCUGAGGUUUUUGGACUGAAACAUUGAAUGUGUUAUUUUUCACAUUCAUUGAGACUUUUUAAGGAGCCCAGACAUGGAAAUACCCCCCCUUAAUUACAGGACAGUUUAAAUUUGGUCCGACUCUUCUCGUGACUUGACAUAAACAAACGAUUCUUCUCCGGGAGCUCGAAAAAAAAAAAAACUGGGAGAUCAAAUGUGAAUGUGUUUUUCUGGAAAGGUUGUUUCAUGUUGUCUCCGAGGAUGCGGUUCAGUUCUGUGUCAUCAUAAUGAAUGAUUGUCAAUUCUGCUGUGCCUGUGUGUUCUUCGUCUGUUUGUAUUUGCACUCUGAAUUUUUGGAAAAAUCACUUGCAUAUCUGAUGUUUUUCUGUCCGCUUGUACACUACACUUCACACAAACGACCCCGGUUUAUUAAAACGCUGAUCACAAAAGUCUGUAUAGUAGCUGUUUUAUACACAGAUGUACACACACACACACAUACAUGCAUACACACACACACACACACACACACACACUGCAGGCAUGCAAACACACACCCUCGCUGACUACAUGCAUGCAGACACUCCCUAAACACACAGAUUCAUACAGCACACAUGCAGGCAAAUACACAAACACACGCACAAGCACAUGCUGAACCUACUCACAAAUACACACACACACUCUCUCUCUCUCUCUCUCCGUUCUCCUUGUGUGUUUUUCACUGUUUUUCAUGCCACCUUGUGAGAGUCAGAGAUCCAGACUGCAGCUUUUGCUCUCAGCAGAGGAAGGAGAGGGGGGGGGGGGUACGACACGCAUUACUAUGUGUGACACCACUUCUGUUUCCACCAGGUCUGAAUUUCAAAUCAAACGCACCCCCUUUUUCUACCAGCAUUCCCUCAUCGCCUCCCCCUCCCUCUCUCUCUCUCUCUUCCUCCCUCCUCCCCUCCUCCUUCCAUUUUCUCAGAUAUGAUCCCUUUCAACUCCUCUCCUCUGUCCGACUCCCUCCUUCCCUCCCUCCCUCCCUCCCUCGCCCCCCCCCUUCUCCACCUUUUUCCUCCGUUUGUCUUUCUCCUUUCCUUUUUCGCUGUAGAAAGUGUUUCAAAUUUAUCAUUUGUAUAUUAUGAUGUAUGGGUACGAUAAUGUUCUUUAUUAUGGAAAAAUGAGAAAGAUUUAUUUUUGUUACUGGUUUGUUUCAUAAUUCCUUUUUUAAAUUGGUAUUGUAAUAUCUCUAUGCAAGGAACUGUUCGGUGAAUCGUUUUUAUUUAAGAAUGUAAUUAUGUGUAAUAAAUGG